CGAAGACGACGACAACGACACCAUCUCGCGGCGCACGCAGAACGGGCCGAACGGGCAGAACGGGUGCACUGCACGCGCUGUCGUCCAUGGCUGCGAACGCCGAGGUUCUGAGGCAUGGAGGGUAAGCGGGCGGUGAAAGGCGUGCUGUGAAUUCCCUACUGCACUUUGGACAUGUGGGAGUCAUUGCCUUACUCGUUGCUGCUGCGCAUCCUGUCGCACCUUUCGGCGAAAGACAUAUGCCGUUGCGGCUGCGUAUGUGUAUCCUGGUCACUUGCAGCUGAUGAUGAGUUGCUGUGGCGGAGGAAGUUCCAGCGGGACUGGAAAGUCGACCGGAGUGUUCCCAUUGUGGAGGGCACCCUAUGGAAAUCCGAGUAUCGUCGCUUAUACUAUGAAGCGCCCGUAGUUGAAUCUGAAGUACUACUUGAGCACAGCCAUCAGGUCCUGCACGUAAGCUUCUCACACGACGGCACUUGUUUUGCCAGUUGCUCUAAGGAUGGCCAUGUAAAGCUCUGGAGUGCCUCAUACCCAGCUUCAGUCACUCAUUCGAGGAAUAUGCGUGACCUGAGCUGGAACUACACACAGUUCUCGCAGUUCAAUGAGUCUGACACAUUGCUGCUUGUGUCUGGCGUACACUUUGGAACACACACAGCUUCUGGCGAGAUUGCAGUCUUCAAUCUGAAAGAAGGCUUUGUCCUGCAGUGCAGAGUUCUCAACAAGCCCUAUGAUAUCUUUGGCACGUGGUACACUGACCACUACCUCCUCUCAGGGAGGUUGCACUUCCUUGGCCACAUGUUAUCCUGCUCAGCCAUCUGGUUGAAUAAGGCCUGGCAGGAGAGCGAGUCCGAAAAGAAGCCCAUUGUCAAACAGAUGUUCAAGUUCUUCAAUGUAAACGCCAGCUCAGUGCGCACUAUUCUAGUUGCCAACUGCGAGCAGUCAUGCAGUCGUGGUAAUCCUGUACCUGACCCAUGUUCAUCCCAAGAUGAUGACGACACAGAUGAGGACAGUGCUGAUGUUGAUGAUCCCCUGGACCCACGUGAAAAAUUGCUCAUUUUCACCACUGGUUCUUUGACCUAUGCACCACAUCAAGUGGGCUUCAAGCGCAUCAAGCCUUUUCGAUUUGCUGAACCCGGAGAACCACCAACAUUGCAACAGUGCCUUGCCAGGCAGCAGGAAGCAAGGCGCGAUCCACCUGAUCCAAUCGAACAAUCUUUCGAUGCCAUCGAUCAUCUUGUGGAUUUACACGGUCACAUUAUUGGCAUGGGGCUUUCACCUGACCACCGGUUUCUGUAUGUAAAUAGCAGGCCUUGGCCUAAGGACUACGUUAUUGAGCAGCCACUUUCACCACCUCCUAUUGCACAAGAAAUUGACAUCCAUGUCAUAGACCUGACCACCAUGCAAGAAGUUGGCAACUUGUUGCGCUCCCAUCGUGCAUAUACCCCUAACGAUGAGUGCUUUUUCAUCUUCCUUGAUGUGAGUGACAAGUAUGUGGCUAGUGGUGCCGAAGACAGGAAGGGCUACUUGUGGGACCGCCACUAUUCUGUCUGCUUGGCCAAGCUUCCGCACAGUGACGUCGUGAAUGCUGUGGCUUUUAAUCCCAAGGAUCCAGAGAUGCUAGUGACUGCAAGUGAUGACUUCUCACUUAAAGUGUGGAGGUCACGAGCAAAAGUUCGGGAACUUCAGCUGCCUCCGACAGACUACCAUGUGGAAAAAGCAGAUGGUGAUUCAAGCAAGUCCUAUGACGAAGCUGGGCCCAGUGCUUCAUCAAAGGGAUGGGAAACUGCUUGAAAAAUAAAUGUUGUGUGUUGCUGUUCACU